GCGGUUCCUGCGGGGGUCCUUGAAUGCAUGUGGCGCGAUGUGGGAAACGGAGAGGAAAAGAGUUUGACAGGAGGAGAUUCAUAGAGAUUACUGUGCGCUGUGGUUCUCUAUGAAAAAAAAUCAACAUGUUUUCAGUUCAGCAAAGCUGUUGGUUUAUCCGUAAGGUGAUUUGCUGGAGAGCUGCAGCCAGUAUUGCUUGGGCAGUGCUCUUGUUGCCCCCUACCACAGCAGUCUUUGUAAUUUUCAGUCGUUUCAGUAUUUUUCACCCAGUGCAAUGGAUAUCGGAAUGCCUGUCCCUCCUGUUAAGUAUUGGUGCCAUAUUCUCCCUGAUCCUUCUGUGUGGCGUUGUUAUUGUGAUUGGAUUUCUCAACCUGGAGUAUUACACAGUCAUUCCUACAAUUGCAUGCUCAAAAAUUGCCCUGCUUGGUCAGCUUCUUCACCCUCGCCAGUUUUUCAAUUCUCUGGUGCAUUGCAUUAUGGGAAUGAUUGUGGCUUGGUGUUGUGCUAUCACCAUUGGAGGCAGAUAUGAGACCCUUGGUUACUCUUGUCAGCAGAGUGAUGUAGGGGGUCCCACUCACAUGUGUUUGAAUGAGUAUCAUCUUUUCCUUCUGCUGUCUGGGGCCUUCACAGGAUUUUCUCACAGCCUUUUGGGCGUCAUCCACAACAUGAACUAUGUCGCCUUCCACACAGUUCAACAAUACAAAUACCUGCGCUUCAAAGGCUCCAUUCCGCUGGUAGUGAAGUGCAGCGCCACUCAAGCACUUUAUUCUCUCAGGAACUUUCUUAUUGUUUACUACUUUUUAGGACAUAUGCCCAAAGCCUGGCUUUGUAAAACUCUAAACCUUGAGGUGGACAGCUCCGUUCACUCCCUGGACACUGUGGGCGGCCUGUUGGAUCUCUCCUUACUCUACCACACAUGGAUCAGUGCCUCCUUCCUCCUCUUCACCUGGUACACCACUCUGCUCCUCUUUAGGAUUUUUGUCACAGAGCUGUACAAUUUUCCAGUCCAGAUAUCCUUCACUGACGAUGCCCAACAAUGUCUUCCCAAAGUCAUCGCAGAGAAGCAGCCCAUGAUUCUGAAGUUUUUAGCCCUGCAGGACUUGGCCCUUCUUUCUCAGCACUCCCCAAUGCGCCGUGCUGAAGUUUUCAGCCUAAGUCAGCCAGGUGGCCACCCUCAUAACUGGAACGCCAUCAGUAAGGAGUGCCUGUGGCUGCUGUCUGAUCUGACCCAGAGGCUGGUGGCGCAUCACGACACUGUGGCAACAAACGGCCGCACCAAGUCUCUGUCCACCGGGAGUGAGAGGAAGAGCUCAUCUGAAGCAUCAGUGACCUCUGGAGAUGACCCAUUCUCCCCUCGACCCGCUGUCCUGUUGAAGACCCCCGCCUCUGUGUUUGCUCGCUCCAUGUCAGGAGGCCCCCACAGCCCCCUGACUGCCCCCUUUACCCCAGACCUGGACAGCCCCUUCUCCUCCCCCUCUUUGCGCCGCCUCACUGCCCCAGUUGAACAGUACUCCCCCUGGCAUGGGACUGUACAGAGCCCACACAUCUUUAGGAGAGCGCCCAAACUCUGGUCCACAUCCACAGACUCCAAAACCAAUGGCAGCCCUCCUCCUUCCCCGGCCCCGGUGCUGUCUCCCAAACAGGAAAGCUCCAAACCUGGCAUCUUGGCUCGGUUCCUCAAAAACAGACGAGAGCAGGUGAAAAAUUUCAUGGCAAAGCGAGUGCUGGUUAUGUAUUUGUUUAACAAGCUCCCAGAAGCGUCCAGUCAGGCACUUUUCGCAGACAGCCAAGCUCAUAUCUGGGCACUAGAAGGAUUAUCUUACCUUGUCCAGGCCUCAUACACUGAAGAUCAGUUUGGAGUUGUGCAAACUACAUUACCCAGCAUUCUUAGUUCAAUGUUGGUCUUACAAGAGGCCGUGGACCGACACUUUAAGCUGCCUCAUGCCUCCAGUAAACCCUCUCGCUCCGGCUGCACUAUGGAAGACUGCAGCUACAAAACACUGCGCUUUGCUCUGAGAGCCACACUCAAGACUGCCCUCUACAGGAUCACCACCACAUUUGGAGAACACCUCAAUGCUGUCCAGAUGUCUGCAGAGCAUCGGAAAAAACUGCAACAUUUUCUGGACUAUAAAGAAUAAUAAUUUGACACUUUGGGUUUCACAUCUACCUGGUUUCAUAACGAGGCCACCAUGAGCACAGUGCCUAUUUUAAAAUGGUUUCUCAAUCCAACAGGGUGAAGCAGAUAAUGAAAGAACCUUGAUGAUUGUAUAAAAAGCAACUUAUUCCUAUGGAUUCCGAUUUCUGUCCCAAAAAUAUUAAAACUUUGAUUUGCAGGAUAAGUUGCAAAGGGCUAUAUAUAUUGAAUUGUCUGGUAUCUGUCUCAACAAGUCUUUGUUUUUUUACAUUUUGUAUGGUUUAUGAACAAAGGCACUUAAAUCUGCGAUGACUGAAUGAGUUUGUAUUUUUGUGUGUGUUUGACCACUACAGUUGAAAGAUUAAAUGUUGUCUAGUUUUAUUUUGUGGUGUCAAUGAUGCAAAGGAAAGGUGGAGUGAUGCUGUGGCCGUUUUGUCUUGUUACAUUUUAAAAGACCUGUUGAAUAAAAACAUGUCAAAGUCA